ACGUGUAUCUGUAUGUAAUGUGUUUCUGUAUGUAACGUGUAUCUGUAUGUAACACUAUCAUCUAUGUCCCGGCAGAUACUACUCGCCAUAAGAAGAGUUAUGAAGAGAAUGGUCGGGAAUAUUUCUUUGUAUCUAAAGAGACAUUUGAAAGUCUGGUAUAUAGCCACAGUUUCCUGGAGUACGGAGAACACAAAGGGAAUUUGUAUGGUACAAGUGUGGAGACGGUGAAAGACGUCAUGGAUGCUGGAAAAAUCUGCAUAAUUGAUCUGGAGCCACAGUGUAUUCCAGGGGCCCGAACACAUGAACUUAAACCGUAUAUCAUAUUUAUUAAACCACCAAGCAGACACUGCAUGAGGCAGACCAGAGAGAACGCCCGCAUCAUCACAGAUUACUAUGUGAACCUGAGAUAUAAGGAAGAAGACUUCCAGGAGAUAGAAGAAUCUGCAGCAAAGAUGGAAGCUCAGUUUCAUCAGUUUUUUGACCAUGUGUUGGUGAAUGAUGAUCUGCAGUCGGCUUGUAUCCAGCUCAUGUCCAUUGUCCGGCGGGCACAGGAUGAACCACAGUGGAUCCCAGCAUCUUGGAUCUGCUCCGAUUCAUAAUAGUCAACGAAGUAAAGACGAGUUAUCAAAGGCUUAGCGGCCAUGGGAAUAUUAUGUUACUUAGUGCAGACCUUAGAUAGAGAGGAGCUACUGAGUGUGUAGACGGCAGAGACAGAAUAACCUUUAGCAAGCCAUCAGAAUACUCACAGCAGCACAGAGUAUGUCAGGAGAUGCAGGAAGCAGCCACUUCCUGGAAAAGAGCAGAAAGCACCAGGGAAAAUAACAUCACAGGCAGCAGCCUCCACUCACAAUAAUGCAGGAAGACUGUGCUGUGGAAAUGCAUCUCAUACAGGGAAUGAAAUCAGUGAAUUCAACUUAUUAUUAUUUAUUUAGAACUGAUUCGGCUUAAAUAAUAAAUAGAUUAAC